AUGCCUCGAACAAGUCAUCAGAGAGAUCCAGCUUACAGCCCUUCUGGACGAAGAUACUCCCUGGAACCAGGUUCUCCAGUGCGCCGCUCAAAGCGUCUAGAGCAUGGAAGUCCAUCUCCGACACCUUUCGCAUUACGAGCUACCACGCCUGAUGCCAGACAGCUUCAUGAGACGUUGCGAGCAGCAUCUGAGAGUCCGAGCAAAGAAAGACCUGACACUAGAGCAAGGAGCAGUGCCCAUUCUAGCGUCACGCCCUCACCACCAGUUCAACGAACUAUUUCUAGUACAUCUACCCCUGCACCUCCCUCACUCAACCCCGCCAUCACAGCCGGAAAUGAAACUCUGGAACCACAGACUGAUCGUGGUUUCUCAUUUUUUCGUUACCCGCGUCUUCCGUCUAUCGGAUUCGGGAGGAAAGAGGCUUCUAUCGUACUAAGCUCCCCCGAAGUCGAAGAUGAUAAUGCGUCCGUGGUCUCCUGGCAGUUAGAACGGGAGUUGCAUCGGGACAAUUUACAACGCACGAAGCCAGAACCGGAACCAGAGUCAUAUAGCCUUGUGCCUAGAGAAGCACGCAAUAUCAGGAAACCUCCUCGACGGUUAUCGGGGCUUACAUGGACGAAUGAUACGACGCAUUCGGCAGAUAAUACCAACACAACUUCUAAUUACGACGAUGACGGGAAAGACGACGACAAAGAAGACGAAGAAGAUAAAAAAUCAGACACAUCUGAUAUAAGAACUGCUGCAGCACGGACGGUCAUUUCAUCAAAUAAUAACCGCGACUCUGCGGACGACAGUGUGAGCGGUAAUUCGAGACCACCAACCUCCGAUCAAUCUGCUCUAGUCGACAGACCUCGCCGACCGCCACUAUUUAACCAACAAGACAUAACGAAAGAAACGCACUGGUCUCUUUUUCUGCUCCUGAUGACGCUGUUCAUAACGAUCUUCAUUAUAACAACCUACUUCCUCGGCGGCUAUCUCCUGUCAAACGAUCUAUUCCCCCAUCAAGCCAGAAACUAUCCCACCCUCAACACGACAGAAGGCAACAUAGUCUCCCAACUAUCAGACGAACUGGUCAGACUUAAUACCCAGAUGACCUCUGUAUCCACAUAUGUGCAUCAUCUAAGCUACGAGCAAAAGAAAAUCGCCGACCAAGUCACAAUUGUCCGACCAAACCCCGAGUUCGAACCACGGAUCAACUUCCUCUCACCAGGACUAGGAACACGCGUAGACCCAAAACUCACUAGUCCCAGCAUCGGGACUAGAAGGACACUUCCUCGUCGCCUCUAUGAAAGCCUGUCGCGGAAACGAAUACCACAACCAAACCCGCCCGGAACUGCAUUAGAAGCCUGGAACGAUAUAGGCGACUGCUGGUGCGCGGCACCCAGCAAAACGGGACAGGCACAACUCGCUCUUGACCUGGGACAACGCGCUAUAAUAGACGAGGUUGUUGUCGAACAUAUUCCGGCCGGUGCAUCCCCAGACCCAGGCGUUGCGCCACGCGAGAUGGAACUCUGGGCUCGAUUUAGGCCUUUUCGAGGUGGUCAACAACAGCAGCAGCAGCAGCAAGCAGCUAAAGCAACCGAAACCGCGAUUACGAGUGAAUCAUCUAACAAAAGAUCCGGCUGGUUCGGUCUUUUCCGUUCUUCUACCACCUCAUCAUCAACAUCUUCUUCUUCUUCAUCACUAUCCUCAAUCUUAGACGCAAUCAUAAAAACGCUCCAACAAGCAUACCCCUCCGAUCCCGAAACCGCCUACGCCAACGAUCGCCUGUUAGGACCUUCGUAUUUCCGACUCGGGCAAUGGGAAUACGAUCGUGCGGGCGGUGCAGUUCAGCAUUUUGCGCUUGAUGCGCUUAUUGAUUAUCCCAUGGUGAGGGUAGAUAAGGUCGUGUUGAGGGUGAAGUCGAAUUGGGGCGGGAAUUCUACGUGUUUGUAUCGGGUUAAGGUGCAUGGGCAUGUUUGA